AUGUGCCACACCAGCUGCUCCACUGGCUGCCAGCCUCCCUGCUCCAUGCCCGUGUGCUGCCGCCCAGCCUGCUGUGUGACCCUGCUGUGCCGCCCACUGUGCCCUGUGGUGCCCAGCUGCCAGGCAGUCUGUGGGGGUGGCAGCUGCUCACCCUCCUGCUGUGUGUCCAGCCCCUGCCAGGCCACCUGCUCUGUGUCCAGCCCCUGCCAGGCCAGUUCCUGCAGCCCGUCCUGCUGUGUGUCCAGCCCCUGCCAGUCUGCUUGCUGCGUGCCCGUCUGCUGCAAACCCGUGGUGUGUGUGCCCGUGUGCACCAAGCCUGUGGCCUGUGGGGCCUCGGCCUGCCAGGUCUCCUGCUGCCAGCCAGCUUCCUACACCACCCUUGUGUGCAGACCCUCCUGUGCCCCCUCCUGCUGCUCCUAA